AUGGCAGCCAUGAUCAAUGCCUUCUCGUCCUGGCUCCCGCCCAAGCCCAUCCCGGCUGCGGAGGGCGAAGACGUCCUCACACCGCUGGCUCGGGGCCGUGAUCAGCCCGCCAUGACGCCCGUCGACCGCUCCGUCACCCCUCGCGCGCCUCUUGGGCCACAAGAGCAGCUCACGGCACCGAAGGCGAGCUACCAGGAGCACGCCCGCGAAGCCUCGGAUGCGACCCUCAACGGCAGGCCAGGGAGGUAUCCUUCCACCGCCAGCUCCCUCGGCCCGCACCUGCAGAGGCUCACAGACGACGCCAUGGAGGCGCACCACCGGCUCCACCACGAGGCCGACGAGAGCUACGGCCAUCUUUCGGACCCCUCGGCGAGUCGGCGGAGCUCCUCGGCCGCGGGGCCCAACACCGUCUUCAGCUCGACCCUUGGAGGCGUCGACAGCGAAGCCGCCUGGAGCGACGCCCACGGCCGCAGCGACACCCAGACGACCAACUCGCGCAACGCAUCGGCGCCGCGGAGGAAGCGCAAGAUUGCCCCGCCGGAGCUGCUGGUCAUCGUGCGUCCGCCCCCCAGCAAGCAGAUCAACCCGCUCAACCUGCAGAUCCAGCUCGUCAUGCCCAGCCAGCGCCGCGAGGCCUCCAGCCGUCGCAAGAGCGGCGAGUCGACGCGUUCGCAGGAUUCGUCACCGACCGCGGCGCCCGCGCGGCUCAAACGCAGCGGCUCCACAGUGUCGGACAAGUCCAGGUCGUCGGAAAUCUCGACGGCCGCCUCGACGACGUCGUCGUCCUCGGCCAAGCGCGUGAUGCCGCUCUACAACCUCGGCUUCCACUCGAUCCUGUCGAGCGUGGUGACGGACGCCGGCACCGAUCAGAAGGUGGCCAAGUACACCAAAAAGGGCGUCGACCUCGACGGCUUCGGCCUGCUGGAGCCCGCCGAGCUCGUCACCGGCGUCAACGACCUCGCCACCCUCUACCGCUCCGGCCUGAGCGGCUCUGCGGCCGCCAUGGGCGAAGGCAGGGCCGUCGGCUCGAUUGGCAGCGACGAGGGACUCUCGGUCGUCUCGGCACCGGCGCAGGAGCAGCCAGCAGCGGCAGCCCGUCCGACGCACCUCGAGCCGCCAACGUCGUUCCAGGCCAUGACGCCAGAGGCCAAAGGUCAGGAGUCCAAUCUCGGCGGCAAGCUCCUCGGCAGGUUCAAGCGCCUGUCGAUGGGCAUGAGGCCCGCGACCGGUCAGGCGCCCGGCGGCUCGGCAUCCACCGCCGCGGGGCAGUCGGUCAGCGGCGGCGCGAGAGUGUUUGACAAGCUGGCCGCCAGGGUCAGCGGCGAUGCGGGAUCGGUUUCCUUUGCCGCACCGCUCACUGGCGGCGACAUCCCGCAACUGACGCCGGGCGCGGGCGUCGCCGGCGGCAAGCGGACCGAAGGCUACUACUGGACCGUGCGAAGGUGGAACCGGCGCGCGCAGGACGGAAUCCAGAACAGCGCCAACCCGGAGCUGCUCCCGGACGGCUCCAACCCCGUGCUCAACAGCGUCUGGAAGAGGUUCAACCUUAUUAACCGCAUGGGCGGCAAUGAGCGGCACCCGGCGCCGCGCGACAUCCCGAUCCGCAUCGAAUGGUCGCGCGAGACGCGGCGGGCGCACAAGCGGCGCGCCACCGAGGAGGCUCGCGCGAGGAUCCGCGCCAGCGCCUCGCUCAACGCAUCUCGGUCGAGUUUGGAGCGGCACCAACACCAGCAGCAGCACCAGCAGCAGCACGAGGGACAGGCCCUCAGCAACGGUCACGGCAACAUGCCAUCCGUCUCGGGUUCGUCGACUUCGCUCCACGGCGGCAGCGACGGAAGCCUGCACCCGCCCGCCGCCGGCGCUAGGCUGCCGCCGUCGAGGCGCAAUUCCUCCAUGAGCGGCGCAAUGUCGCCGCGGAGGUCGCUCGACCAUUCGGCCGCCAGCUCGUCGGGUCUCGGCGAUCACGAGACGCACGACGACGACGACGGCGGCGACGAGUCGGAUCCGGAGGACUCGGAGACGCCGUGGAGCUGCCACCUGGUGCUGGGUCCGACGACGCGCAUCCCGAUCGGCACACUGUCGCCGGCGCCGCACCAUCCCAAGCUCGUGGGCCAACUGGCGGUGCCCUUCCCGCUGCCGGACCUGGGCGCCACGGGUCUGGGCCACGACGGCGCCGGCCUGACGCGCGAGGAGCUCAAGGACAUCAUCAUGGUCACCUGCCUCCACCUCAUUGUGCGGGAAAACUUUGGCGGCAUGGUCAAGAAGCGCGGCAGGUCGCGGCCCGCGACGUCGAGCGGCCAUGGCGCCUGA